AUGAAGGCUUUGAAUGGACUUUAUUUUCAAAUAAAAAAUAAAGCAAUAAUACUUUACUUUAUUUAUACUGUCCAAAAUAAAUUAAAACCAAGUGUUAUAUUAAACAAUGAAGAAUUAAAAGAAUGUGAAAAAUUGUCAGAGGAAGAUGAAGAAAGACCCCUUAAGUUUGAAAAUUUGAAGGGGAAGGAAUUUAAUAAUAAAACUAUUCUAAAAACAGUAUGUUUAUUUAAUAGAGUUGGGAAUAGGGUUGUUUAUUAG